AUGGCUUUUCGACUUACAAUGCAUCAUUCCUCAUUUCCCGAGCUUCAAUCUGUAAAAGAAGUGACUGAAAAAAUACAAGAGAAAAAAUUGGUUCUGAUUUUAUUCAAUAAAAGAUAUUCCGAUGCACAUGAUAUAGAACACAAAUUUAACUCAUGGCGUAAUAUUUACGAAAAGAAUUAUGAUCUUCAUGUUUACAAAUGUGUCAUCACUCCUAAGAGUGAAUUAAAAACCGAAUACAAAAUUAUCAAAGGACCAACAUUUAUUUUCUUUCGUCAUGGAGAAGAGAUCGAUCGAUUAGAAGAUAUCAACAAAGUCGAUCCUAAUGAAAGCUCAUCAUCCGAGAAUGCAGAAGAAAAACUUCGUUCUUGGCUUGACCAUUGCUGUACUAGCAAUUAG